AUGACUUUAAAAGUUGUCAAAUUGUCGCCAAGUGCUGGAACGUCGAGUGAAGUUCGGAAAAACCCAUUUAAUGACCAGACGGGCCUAAAUGAAGAUUACUCCGUAUUUUUUGAAGUAGAUAUGUUCAAAUCGGCGACAUAUCCAGAAACCAUGGUCCGGUGGUUCCAGACCAGAAUCUACGAGGUGAAAAUGAGAUAUAUAACCAUGCCAGAAUCGGAAAGAGACUCAGAAUCAAGAUUUCUUUAA